AAUAAAAGGGUCUAGAAGAGCAAAGGCUUAUAGGAGAAGUUUUGAGAGAGAAAAGAAAUCGCUGGAACUAACCAGAACACAACAUACGUCGCCCAGCUUCUCUGUAUAUGCAUACACGCGCCAACAUACAAGAACUCUCUAGACUACUUUCAUCUGCACUAUUUAUACACCCUUCCUCCUACACUACCACCAUAAUUCAAUCCGUGAAGUUUCACAGAGCUUAAAAUUCAUCUACAUCAAACAAAUUUCAAAUUCGAGAUAGAGAGAGUUUCUGUUUGUCGAUUGACUAGCUGCUGCAGCUGCUGCUGUUAGAAUAUGGCUGGAAAAGGCGAAGGACCGGCGAUCGGAAUCGAUUUAGGAACGACCUACUCGUGCGUGGGGGUGUGGCAGCACGACCGCGUCGAGAUCAUCGCCAAUGAUCAGGGGAACCGCACCACGCCGUCGUACGUGGCUUUCACCGACACCGAGCGCCUCAUCGGCGAUGCAGCGAAGAAUCAGGUCGCCAUGAACCCUACCAACACUGUUUUCGAUGCGAAACGGUUGAUCGGUAGAAGAUUCAGCGAUCCUUCCGUCCAGAGCGACAUGAAGCUAUGGCCGUUCAAGGUCAUUCCCGGCCCGGCCGACAAGCCGAUGAUCAUCGUCAACUACAAGGGCGAAGAGAAGCAGUUCGCCGCCGAGGAGAUCUCCUCCAUGGUCCUCAUCAAGAUGAGGGAGAUAGCGGAGGCGUACCUCGGCGCCUCCAUCAAGAACGCCGUCGUGACGGUGCCUGCCUACUUCAACGACUCCCAGCGCCAAGCCACCAAGGACGCCGGCGUCAUUGCCGGCCUCAACGUCAUGCGCAUCAUCAACGAGCCGACCGCGGCCGCCAUCGCCUACGGGCUCGACAAGAAGGCGAGCUCCGCAGGGGAGAAGAACGUGCUCAUUUUCGACCUUGGCGGCGGCACCUUCGACGUCUCCCUCCUCACGAUCGAGGAGGGCAUCUUCGAGGUCAAGGCGACUGCCGGCGACACCCAUCUCGGCGGCGAGGAUUUCGAUAACAGGAUGGUGAAUCACUUCGUGCAGGAGUUCAAGAGGAAGCACAAGAAGGAUAUUGGUAACAAUCCGAGGGCUCUGAGGAGGCUGCGCACCGCCUGCGAGCGGGCGAAGAGGACGCUGUCGUCGACGGCGCAGACGACGAUCGAGAUCGAUUCGCUUUACGAGGGCGUCGAUUUCUACUCCACCAUAACUCGAGCUAGGUUCGAGGAGCUAUGCAUGGACAUGUUUAGGAAGUGUAUGGAGCCGGUGGAGAAGUGCUUGAGGGAUGCUAAGAUGGAUAAGAGCAGCGUCGACGACGUCGUCUUAGUCGGCGGCUCGACGAGGAUUCCGAAGGUGCAGCAGCUGCUGCAGGAUUUCUUCAACGGGAAGGAGCUCUGCAAGAGCAUCAACCCCGACGAGGCCGUGGCGUAUGGCGCCGCGGUGCAGGCGGCGAUCCUGAGCGGGGAAGGGAACCAGAAGGUGCAGGACCUUCUCCUCCUCGACGUGACGCCGCUCUCGUUGGGGCUCGAGACGGCCGGAGGCGUGAUGACGGUCCUCAUUCCGAGGAACACGACGAUCCCGACGAAGAAGGAGCAGAUUUUCUCGACAUACUCGGACAACCAGCCCGGCGUCCUGAUUCAAGUAUACGAGGGAGAACGAACCAGAACAAGAGACAACAACUUGCUCGGGAAAUUCGAGCUCUCCGGGAUCCCCCCGGCGCCCCGGGGCGUGCCUCAGAUCAGCGUUUGCUUCGACAUCGACGCAAACGGGAUCUUGAACGUGUCGGCCGAGGACAAGACGACGGGGCAGAAGAACAAGAUCACGAUCACGAACGACAAGGGGCGGCUGUCGAAGGAGGAGAUCGAGAAGAUGGUGGAGGAGGCGGAGCGGUACAAGGCGGAGGACGAGGAGCACAAGAGGAAGGUGGAGGCGAAGAACGCGCUCGAGAACUACGCGUACAACAUGAGGAACACGAUCAAGGAUGAGAAGAUCGCGGCGAAGCUGGCGGCGGAGGACAAGAAGAAGAUAGAGGAGGCCAUCGAAGCCGCUAUUCAAUGGCUGGAGGGGAACCAGCUCGCGGAGACGGAUGAGUUUGAGGAUAAGAUGAAGGAGCUGGAGAACCUCUGCAACCCCAUCAUCGCCAAGAUGUACGGCGCCGGCGGCGCUGCCGAUGGCAUGGAUCAAGAUGCGCCGGCUGCUGGCGGUGGCGGUGGCAGCAGCGGCGGUGCUGGCCCCAAGAUUGAGGAAGUGGAUUAAGCUUUUGACCAUGCGUGUGUUGGUGUUUUUGUGGAGUGUUGGUAGCGACAUCGAAACUUUCGAAACUAAGUAGUAGUAUUUCUAGUAUUUCUAUUUUCCUGUUUA